AGUGUUUGCGUUGUCAAUCCACCAGUUUUGACACGUUAGAAGUUCUAUGUGUAAGUUGACAAGUGUAAAGAACAUAAUAAUAUAAAUGGAAGAUAGUAUUGGGAAGCCAAACAAUGGCAAUAAAAAGGUAGCUUUAGAAGAGUUAGAUCGGGAUGAACUAUUAAAGCGCUGUAAGAGUUAUUUUGCUCUUGCACAAAGAGAAAAACAAGCCAAAGACGAAGCUCAACAAAGAGAAAGUUAUCUUCUUGAUAAAAUUUCUAAUCUUGAGGGUCAAGCUUCCCAGUUGGUCACACAGGAAAAACACUCUGCCAGCAGAGACCAACAUGACCACACAGAUUGUCAAGGCUUUUCCUUAACUUUACAAAUUUCAGAUUUGGAAUCCCAAUUGAAAUUAAGAAAUGAAGAAAAAACCUUAUUACUCUCUCAAAGUGAAGACAUGGAAGCAAAGCUUAAAACCCUUGAAGAAAGCUAUGAGCAGCAAAAAAAUGGUUUUGUGGAAGAAUUAAAUAAAAUGAAUGAUGUUUUGAAACAAAGAGGUGAAACCAUAACUCGACUAGAAGAGAAAUGCCAAAUAAAUGAAAAAGAAUUUAAGGUGAAGACUGAAACCUUCCUUCAGUUGGUGGCGGAGAAGGAGCGGAAAAUCGAGCUGUUGGAGAGCGAAGGAAAUAAAUUCGAAACGCAAAGUGAAAUUCUGAGUACAUCAACCGUAAGCAAAGCUGAAGAAAUUCACCGCAUGAAAGAUGUCGAAGAUUCCCUAGAAGACAGAUACAACAAGUUAAAAAUGUUAGCUGUAAGAAUGAAGCGAAAGAUUGCGGAACAAAACAAUCAGUUGCACGACAAGGAAAAUCAGCUCGCUUUAUUGAGAGUAGAUGAGAAAAACAGAAAUAUUUCUAAUAAUCCAUUAAAUCUGCAGGCAGCCCAAAAGGAAAUUGAUCGCUUGAAUGACGAAUUAGAUGCGAAAAAAUCGGAACUAAAUGUGAUGAAGAAAGAUUGUGAAAAUUCAAUCCAAGAACUUGCAAAUAGUAGGCAAAGAGCAGAGGAAUUUAAAAAUGAAGCAUCUGUCCUAAAAACAACUGUAGCCAAUCUUGAGAUUUCCAAAAAAGCUUUAGAAAUGUCCAUUCAAGAACAUAAACUCUUGUAUGAUGACUGUCGAAAGGAAAACGAGUCAGAAAAAAUCCUACGCGUUGAGUUGAGCAAGGAAUGUGAUCGGUUCAAAAGCGAAAUCAAGCAGUUGAGCUGCACUGUGGAUGAACUCAAUAAGAAAAAUCAAGCCGUUAAACAGGAGUCGAAGAAACAGAGCCUGCUGGAAUUGGAACUAACGGACUACGAAAAAUCGGUGUCUGAUUUGAAUGCCCAGCUGGAUGCGAUGAAAAAAGAACUUGUUUCAAAACAAAAUUUCGUCGAUCAACUUACUGAAGAAAAAUCUGGCCUACAAAUACAAAUUCAGUUAUUGGAACAGCAAGUUGCCACGGAACAACAGCGAGGGGCAGAAUUAAAAAUGACUUUGGAUGCAAUUCAGCUACAACUAGAUUCAUGUCAAAGCGAACUACUACAACAAAGAACGGAAAUUCGCCAUGUUAUUGCCAGGGCAGAAUCCAAAGAGAAUGAGGUUGACAAUCUGAAAUUACAGUUAUCGACAGUCAACACCGAACUUCACAAGGUACAAACAGGAUCGGCGAUUCUCAUUGAGACACUGCGCAAGCAACUUGUGGCGCUGGAAGAAUCGGCAGCCACCGAAAAGGUUACGAGAGAUAACCUCCAUCUAGAACUUUCUGAGCUCCGUGCUGAAUAUGACAAUUACAAGAUACGCGCCACAAGCGUUUUGAAAAAGCAAAAGACAGAAGCAAACCCUGCAUCUCUGUCGUCAAAAGAAGCCGUUAACGAUUUGAAUACGGAUCAAGUUGAACGGGAAAUGUUACAGCGUGUUGUCGAGGCUCUUAAAACGAAAAUAGCUGAAAUUGAGUCACAGCUGGUGUUCUCACAAAGUGAAGUAUCGAAUUUGCGAUCGGAAAAGGAACGAAAUGCAGUAACCCAAACAUCAGCCGUUGAAACUAUGCGUCAACGGUUAGAGCGUGCCGAAUCUGAAAUAGAAAUAAUCAAACGAGAACAUCAAGCGCAAGUUUCUCGGUUGCAGAGCGAUAAUCAAUUACUAGCCUCUCUACAUCGGGAACAAAUGGAUGGUCUGAAGUUGCGCCAUAACCAAGAAAUCUUGGAAUUGCAAAACAAUCUCGAUGAAAUUGCAUUUGAAUCCGCAAGAUUACAGAAAGUAGUAACAAAUUAUCAGGCACAACGGACUGUCAGUCCAAUUAUGAAAGGUGAUCAACGACGUGACGAUUAUGUAAUGGUAGAAAGAGAACGGGGUGAAGGGUCUGAAGAUGGAAACGUGACCCACCGACAGCGUGAAGACACGGAGAACGAUUCGCGGAAGCCUAUUCCAUUAGAGCUAUUAUUGAGUUCUCAACUUGCUUCUGAAGAUACUGUUGUUUUCCCAAAUGAAUCGGUAAUGAUUUCCUAUGAACAACACCGCGAAUCCCUGGCGAUUGUGGAAAAGCGCUGCAAACAUUUGGCUGCUCUGUUAGCAGAAUCAGAAGCUAAUGAAGCUCGCUUCUCGCAACUUGCCGAUGCGUUAAAAGAGGAAAUAAGGCGUGCAGAACGAUCUGAAGAACGACAGAAACACAUCGAAAACCUUGAGUACUUGAAAAAUGUUGUUCUGAAAUUUGUUACUUUGCCUCGAGGAGAAGAGCGCAGUCGACUUGUCCCAGUACUCACCACGUUACUCCGAUUAAGUCCGCUAGAAGUGCAAGAAGUACAUCGAACAUUUAGUCGGCAGUCGGCAGACGGGGUGGUUAGACCCAUAGGUUGGGGUGGAGUUUUCAAUUACUUCGCACCAAAUCAAUAGUCAUGUGUGAUGUUCUAUAAAAAUGUGUGCAUAACCUUUCUUGAAUGCUAUCUAUUUGUUAUUGGUCUGGUUCAACUUGAUAUACUACUCCAUCCAUUGCUGCAUAUUGUCAGUGUGGGCAGUAUUAGUCUAGUAACAUAUUGCGGUUGCUUUUAUAAUGAAACAAUAAUAAAGAUUGUUGCGGCCAAAAAGGGAAUCAGUGUGCGAUUUCAGACGUUGUGUAGUAUCGAAACCACUAUUUAUGUACCUAACGAUAAAAACAUUGGCUAUCUGAAUCUGUGAAAGGUGAAUGUUAUACAGUAUAAACUAAUAA